AUGCGAUGCCUAUUAGAUCAGGGGUCGCAAAUAAAUUUGAUCACUGAAGAUGCUGCACAACGUUUAGGACUCGAGAGAUGUAAUCAGAGUUCGUCAGUUUUCGGAAUAGGCACCUCCGCCACUCAGAGUAAAGGAGCUGUACAACUGGUCUGCGAGUCACGCUACAACAAUUAUACAUUCAUAACAAAUGCUUUGGUGAUGCCGAAGGUAAUAGGACUCCUACCUAACUUUACUUUUGAAAAACAACCCUGGUCGCACUUACAUAAUCUUAACCUAGCUGAUCCAGAGUUCAACAUAUCCAAGCCUGUUGAUGUACUUUUGGAUGCCACGGUCUACGCUGAAAUAAUUAUGGAUGGGAUACUGCGCGGCUCAAACAACGCGCCUAUCGCUCAGCAGACAAGGCUGGGUUGGAUUUUGACAGGUAAUGUUAGAACAUUUAACUGCCACGCAGUCUUGAACAACCUGGAAGAGAUUUCACAAUAUUGGGAGAUGGAAGAAAUAACACAACAUAACAGUAACAUGACACCAGCCGAAGAAUAUUGUGAAGAUCUAUACCAAAGAACAACGACGCGGCUUUCAGAUAGACGAUACGAGGUCAAGUUACCUAUGAAACCCAAUUUUGAAGAGCACUUGCCUUCAUUGAGGCCACAAGCUGUCGCUCAAUUUAAGCAGCUGGAAAGAAAAUUUGUCGGGGACACAUCUCUAUCUGAAAACUACAAAAAAUUCAUGGCUGAAUAUGAACAAUUAAACCACAUGAAACUGUGUACCAUCCCGCGGGACCCGAGCUGUUAUCUUCCGCAUCAUGGGGUGAUUCGGUUGGAUUCGCUAACUACGAAACUUAGAACAGUUUUUAAUGCUUCUUGUAAGGCAAAAACGGGCUAUAGCCUAAAUGAACUCAUGGAGGGCGGCCCUAAUCUCCAAAAGGACUUACAAGCUAUGAUAUUAUUAUGGAGAAAGUUUGAAUUCGUAUAUACAGCUGAUAUUGAGAAGUUUUACCGCCAAAUAUUAGUUCAAGAACAGGAUCAACAUUUACAGAAAAUAGUGUGGCGGGAAUCUACAUCUCAACCUAUUUCAGAUUACCAACUGUGUACAGUCACAUACGGGACUAAGGCCGCUCCUUACCUUGCCAUGCGAACCAUCGCCCAACUAGUGCAGGACGACGGACACAAGUACCCAUUAGCCACGGAUAUUUUGAACAAACAGCUGUAUGUCGAUGACUUACUCGGCGGCUGCAAUAACAUACAAGAAGCUAAAGAAGCACAACAACAAAUAAUUAACAUCCUAAUCGGCGGCGGUUUUAAGUUACGUAAAUGGGACAGUAACAACAACCAACUCCUUGAACAUUUACCGAACGAUGUGAUAAGUCAAAAUAUGUUUGACUUUAAACACGCUGAAACAAACAAAACGCUCGGCCUGUCGUGGAAUCCGCGUACCGAUCAAUUUACAUUUUUAAGCGUCAUACAGACACGCGAUGAGAUGCGGCCAACAACAAAACGCACAUUAUUAUCGAGCAUAUCUAAAAUCUUUGACCCGCUCGGUUGGCUGUCUCCUAUAACAAUUAAAGGCAAGCUCCUGUUUCAAAAAGUAUGGGCUAUAAACUUGGCCUGGGAUGAUGUACUUCCGGAGGAAGUGCAGCAGGAGUGGAACACGCUACAAGAAGAUAUACACAACAUUGCCGAUAUAAAAAUUCCUCGGUGGAUGGGCGAUACUAAUAAGCCUAUAGAACUACACGGAUUUUGUGACGCAUCGGAGAAAGCAUACGCAUGCGUCAUCUACUGUAAAUCCGUGACUAACGAUAACAAACAUAUAGUAAAAUUAGUGGCAGGGAAGACAAAAUUAUCACCACUCAAUAAAACUAUGUCGCUCCCACGGCUGGAGUUAUGCGGUGCAUUAUUGCUCGCUAAACUAAUGAAAAAAGUCAUAGACACAAUAAACAUUCAGACAGGAACAAUUACAAUACAUGGGUGGACCGAUUCAAUGGUAGUUCUGGGUUGGUUGCAGGGAGAAAUUGGACGUUGGAAAACGUUUGUUGCCAACCGAGUGACUGAGAUUAAAGAUGUCAUGCCAUCACAUUGCUGGAGACACGUGAAGUCAGAGGACAAUGCCGCGGACUGCGCUAGCCGAGGACUAUUGCCUUCUCAGGUGCUUAAACAUGACUUAUGGUGGGAAGGUCCGAAAUGGCUCAAAACCAUCAACAUGGAACACCAACCAACGAUGACAUAUGAACCUGUCACGGAUGAAGAGAAAAAACCAAAGGUUUUCACUAUCAACUCUAACUCCCAACCAACGCUCGUCGAGUCCCUUCUAAACAAUCACAGCUCUGUGGGGAAGGUGACGCGCAUACUGUCUUGGGUAUUACGUUUCAUUCAUAAUCUACGGAACAAAAAUAAUAAAACUACAUCGAACUUGAAUGUGAAUGAAAUCCGAAACGCGCAAUACUUUAUUAUCAGGGCUGUGCAACACAAACAUUUCAACAAAGAAUUUGAACAACUUUCUAACGAAAACAAACUACCACGGAAAAGUCCACUGUUGAACUUGAAUCCUUGGAUUGAUCAGCACGGCAUAUUGAGAGUCGGCGGCAGAAUUACCCUUUCAAACCUGGAAGAGCAAAACAAACAUCCUAUGAUCAUACCUAGUAAGGAUCGAUUGGGUACUCUCCUGAUUGACUGGGCACACAAAAUGACCUUGCAUGGUGGGGCAAGGCUUACACUAACUUACCUGCGGAACCAAUACUGGCCGCUUGGCGGCAUGACGGCUGUCAAAAAAGAACUACACAAAUGCAUCAAGUGCCUGCGCUUUGGAGCUCUCAGUAAAAACCAGAUAAUGGCUGACCUGCCAAGACCCCGCGUCACGCCAUCACGCCCCUUCACACAUACCGGGGUAGAUUUGGCCGGACCUGUGGAUGUAAAAUCUAACAAAGGCAGAGGCAUAGCAACAACCAAGGGGUACAUAGUGAUCUUCAUUUGCAUGUCUACCAAGGCCGUUCAUAUAGAGCUGGUAUCUGAUCAAAGCUCUAUAACAUUUUUGGCUGCUUUCAAACGACUGUGUGCUCGUCGUGGAACUCCAAAACACAUGUACAGUGACUGUGGCACCAAUUUCGUUGGAGCUGCCCACAGCCUGAAACGAGAACAGACAGAAGCUUUAAAACAUUACUUACCUUCGGAAGUUAUGGAAGACCUCACGAACUGCGGCGUCGAAUGGCAUUUUAACGCUCCUUCAUGGCCAACAGCAGGCGGUUUGUGGGAAGCAGCAGUUAAACGAAUGAAACAUCAUUUGAAGAGGGUGUUAGGGGAGCAGAAGUUAACAUUCGAAGAGUUCGCUACUCUAUUAACACAAAUUGAGUCUUGUAUUAACUCGCGGCCCCUAGUCGCGUUAACAAACAGCAUUGAAGAUUUGGACUGUCUCACACCUGGACAUUUCCUAACUGGAGACCAAACAUUAGCCCCUCCGCUUUCGGAAGAGGUAGAAAACAUUAGCCUGGGAACACGCUGGAAGCUCACGGAAAAAAUGCAUAAAGAUUUCUGGCGAAGGUGGUCCGCAGAAUAUCUUCAAUCCUUACAAACACGAAGCAAAUGGCAUUACGCUGGAAAGGAUUUCCAAGUCGGUGAUCUCGUGAUCAUCAAGGAGGAUCAUGUACCGCCAGCUCGUUGGCUGCUGGGCAGGGUCAUUCUGACUCAUCCUGGUAAUGAUGGCCAUGUGCGCGUGGUAACUCUGAAAACUAAAAACAGUGAUGGAGUCAAGCGUCCGACCAGCAAACUGAUCCGAUUGCCCAUUGACUCACAGGAACCUGAAACACAAAAAACAAACAUUAAUCACAGUCAAGACAAAGAUGAAGCACAAAACGCCAACAAUCAACAAAAACAACACGAGUGGAAAAUGGUCAUUUAUUACAACUUAUCUAUUUACUGGCAUAGUUUAACAAACAUCGAGUACCAUGUAACCAUGUUGGAUGACUUGAGUAAGGACGAACCGGCCUUCAAACCGUUGACAUCUCAGUUAAGACAUGAAGUAAAGGAGCUUCAACAUUACAGCACGAUUCUGAAAACCGAGCAUGGCCGACGAUAUAGAAGAGGUCUCAUUGACGGGGUGGGCUACGUGGCUAACUCGUUAUUCGGUGUGCUCGACGAACGAUUCGCCUCCAAAUAUGAUGAAGACAUUAAAACGAUUCAAACCAAUGAGAACCAUCUACUCAACUUAUAUAAACAGCACACUUCGAUUAUUGAGGGAGAACACAACAUUAUAAAACGAAACGAAGAGAUGAUGGUCAAACAGUUCUCAAGCAUUAGUGAACAAAUGUCUGACUUGAACAACCUAAUCCAGGGUGAACAAAGGAAGGCUAUGCACAUUACUGCAGCAGCCCUUACAGCCAACUUGAUUAUCGACAAUUUAAGACGCUUACAACAGCAACUACUUGAUCUGCUCAGAUCCCAAAUGACGUCACGCUGCCAUGUAUCAGUAGUCAACAAGACUGCAUUCGCGAAAUGUAUAAACUUUCAAGAGUGCAUGUACGACUUACAGACUUCUUGA